CAACAUCUUUGGUAAAAUGUUAAAAAAGAAGAGUGAACUGGUGAAACCUGCUGCUGCACAGAGCAGUGAUGCAGUUGAUGGACAGGUCACAGUGGGGGAUUUGAAAAUUGACCUGCAGCCUAAAACAGUGGACAUUAAGACAAGCACAGAGCCUGAGCCUGAGCCUGAGCCAGAGGAUAAAGCUCUCGAAUCCAUUCUUGUGGAAGUUGCCGAAGAAAUUUUUCCAUCAGAGGACGUUAAAGAAGCAGAAAAAACAGUUAUGAACUUUUUCAAAACACUUGUCACUCCGACCAAAACAAGCAAAGAAGCCAAAGCUACUCCUGAUGCUUCAAAAGACCAGUCACAGAAGGAGACACCUCCAGCACCAUCAACAAAUGUACAGGAAGCACCCAAGGCACCUACUCCACCUCCCCCAGCACCACCUAAGAUGGAAAGCAAAGUGGUGAAGAAAGAGGAAACGCCUGCAGCAGCUUCAACAAAAGCAGCAGACAGCUCGACCAAGGCCAAACCCAAAGACAGUGCUUUCAGCAAACUCUUUCGUCCAAAGCCUGUUGUGAUGGAAGAGAAAAAGCCUGUUGAGGUACAGCAGCAGGUAGACACAUCUAAGACCAGCACCCUUGAGGCUGCUGCCAAACCCGAAGAACCUCCAGCGCCCAAACCAGAAGAGAAGAAACAAGAGAAAAAGUCGACUUUUGGAAUGUUCAAACCUAAGGUACUGCUAGGCCAAAUGAGCACUAGGAUCCAGGCAGCUGCGUCCAGCGUGGCUGCCAGAGUCUCCCUCAUUGCUGCUGGAUCGGCUGCAGAGCCCAAGAAGGAGACUCCAGCUGCACCCACCAUGGCAGACGUUGCUCCUGCCGUGAAGACCAAAGAGGAGCCAAAAACCACCGCCCCGACACCGCCGCCAGCCACGGACAACAAAUCAGUGGCAAGUACAGAUAACGCCUCGCCCAGCAUCCCUCCCAAACUAGAGAAGAGGAACUCCCUGCAGCUGUUCUUCAAAAACAUGGGCCAAAAACGCCAUUCUGAUGCCGGAGUGCAAACGGACCCUGUGGCACCCGAGAAGGCCAAAUAAAACCCAGUCUUUGUUUUGAUCGGUCAUCUUUGCCACAAACAUUGACAACCACGUGAAUAGGAAUACAUAUUUAAAUGUUAUACCCAGUUGAGUGGGACUAUUAAAGGUGAAGUGUGUCAUUUCUGCGCCUCUAGUGGCUUUAAAUGGAAUUGCGAAAAUAAUGACUGUUUUCAAACAGCUUUGCCGAAAACAUCGUCAAACAGAUAGUGCCACCCCAAACAGUCGCCAUUGACCCUGAUGCUCAAACAAACAGAGAAAUGUUUUAAAGCGCCACAGAGCCAUAGUAUUUACACUUUAGGUGAAAUCAUCCUACCAACGGAUUGCUUACAGUUCUCUGCAUAUUAAACUGGGAUAGGAGCAAGUAUUUUAAUAUCGAAAACAAAUUACACCCUUCACCUUUAACUUGUGCUGACAAUGUAGACCCAAGUUUAAGUAAUUAUCGGCCCUUGGUUUAACUUCCAUUUCCAAUGUGGCUAUGAGGUUGACCCUAAAGUUAAUACUGUAAUUAUAAAAAAAUGAUGCCAUGAAACAUGGCCGAAUCCCCAUGUAUGUAUUUAGUAAGAGCAGAAGUAAGUGUAAAGGUAUUCACUGUUUAGCAAGUGCUACAUGUGUUCUUGAGGGGAGGGAAGAAGUUGUUUUUGUUUUUUCCAAAGAAGUAAAACGUGUUGGAGUUGUAUGAUGAGUUAUAAGAUAGAAAAAUGAAAGUGAACAUGUAAUUCUAUUUACAGAGAUAAACUGCAUUUUCUUUAUUUUCUGUGCAUGUUAAUACUAACACUAUAUAUCGACAUAAAAUAAUCAUCUAAUACAAACUGCAUUAUGGCAACCCACAUGCAUGGUGGAUUAAUACUAUAGUGUACAAAGCAAACAUGGUGUAUUGUAUUUGCAUAUGCAAAAAAGUUAUUCAUUGUACAAACAAUCUGAUUCUAAGGACAGAAACCUACUCAAUGACCCAUUGUGUGCUAAAUUCAAUCAACUCAUUUCAGUCUCACUGGAACCUACAAUAGCAAUUUGAAUUCCAACCUGGUUGUCUGACACAAAGUAAUCACAUUUUCAGCUUCCCCUCUUAGCUCAAUCAAAUUAUUUAAAAAGGUCUAAAUCGCUGUUUUAGUCUCACAUAUUUAUUUAAGCUGGUGUAAUUCUCCCAAAAUGUCAUCAUAUCUUAAACCAACAUGCUUGUUUAUUUAUAUUUGAUCCAGUUUUCACAAGUCACAAAUCUUUUGUUUUCAUUUCCACUCUAAAUAUCUAACUGAACAUUUAUUAAUUCUAACCUGCUUUAAGUCACAUUUUUAAUUAUUAUUUUAUUGGCUUGGUCAUCCAUUUAUGAACAUGGAGACUGAAAAGAAAUUAGAAUUCAUUCAUCUCUGCUGUUUAAAGAUUAUUUCCUAUUUUUCCUAUUUUUUGAAAGUAUCACUUGCUAUUAGAUUAUACAUAAUAUGUUAUACAAUUAUGCAAUAUACAACGCAAAUCAUAUGUGUUUCAAAUGUUCUGCUACACAUCAUAUGUCAUAUGUUUUAAGGUUUUCCCAAUUUUUCCCAAUUCUUGUCUUUAUUUGUAAAGAGUAGAGAGACUUAAUUCAGAUAUCAGACUUUAUCAAUGAAUCUUUGACAUUCUCUAUCUCUUUUGUUGUAUUUUGGUCUAUUUAACCAAUUUUAAAAAUAAAAGAAUAAUUUUUCUC